AUGUCGUUCUCGAACCUCGUCAGAGACAUGUCCUUCAAGGAUGGACCGAACAACUCAUCCGAAUCCCGAUCCACGCUCUCACGAGCAAAAAGCUACACCUCGACUCAAGCGACCAGCGUCAGCAUCGCAGGCGACAUCUCUUCACAACUACAUGCCGGCUACAGCCACCCACUGUCUCGUGCAUGGCAAGCUGAGCGACAACUCACGAAAGCGAUGCUAAUAUACCCUUUGUUUAUUACCGACAACCCCGACGAAGUCACACCUAUACCGUCCCUACCUAACCAGAACCGCCUCGGCCUGAACAAAGUGGUAUCCUUCCUACAGCCUCUCGUACAGCAAGGUCUACGGAGCGUGAUCCUAUUUGGUGUCCCACUCGCACCUGACGCGAAAGACGCACUAGGCACAGCAGCAGACGAUCCAGAAGGCCCAGUCAUACAAGCCAUUAGACUCAUCAGGCGCUCCUUCCCACAAAUCUUCAUUGUCGCAGACGUCUGUCUAUGCGAAUACACCUCCCAUGGCCACUGCGGAAUCCUCUACGAAGACGGCUCACUCAACAACGCAAUGUCCGUCGAACGUGUAUCGGACGUCGCGCUAGCAUACGCCCGGGCCGGCGCCCACUGCAUCGCACCCUCAGACAUGAACGACGGCAGAAUCCGCGCAAUCAAGCUCAAGCUAAUAGAAGAGGGAAUAAGCCACAGAGUCAACCUAAUGUCCUACGCCGCCAAGUUCUCAGGCUGUCUCUACGGCCCCUUCCGCGACGCAGCUGGCUCGUGUCCCUCGUUCGGCGAUCGAAAGUGCUACCAGCUUCCACCGGGCGGUCGAGGUUUAGCAAGAAGAGCAAUUAGACGGGACAUUGACGAGGGCGCAGAUAUCAUCAUGGUUAAGCCUGCGAGUUCCUAUUUAGACAUUAUUAGUGACGCGAAGGAAAUUGCAAAGGAUAUGCCGGUUGCCGCUUAUCAGGUGUCUGGUGAGUAUGCGAUGAUUCAUGCUGGUGCGAAGGCGGGUGUGUUUGAUCUAAAGACCAUGGCGUUUGAGAGUACUGAGGGUAUACUGAGGGCUGGGGCUGGUAUUGUGGUUAGUUAUUUUACGCCAGAGUUUUUGAAAUGGUUGGAUGUGUAG